UCCACAUCCCGUCCCCUGCCCCGGGUGCUGAGCAGGGCCGAGCUGGGCACUUGGCCAUCCGGGCAGGGCUGGGGCUGGUCGGGCCUGGCAGCCCCGCGGGACCGGGUAGGGGCCGGUGGGUGACAGGAGGGCACAGUCCCGGGCCAAGCAGGGGACAGGUUGGGGUGUCAUCACUGCGGUGUGAGGUCCCACAGGGCCGGGACUAGUGUGGCAUGUCCUGGGGACCCCUUUUCAUGAGGUGCCCCAAAAUGGGUGGGGGAUAAAUCUCGUCUGGGAGUGUGGGUGUUCUGGUGCCGGGACAGGGCCAAUGCUGCUGUGGGUGUGCUGGGGCCAUUCUAGGGUGUACGAGACCCCAGCAAAAAUCCAGGGUUCUGCGUCCCACGCCUCUGGAGCUGCCUGGGGCACGGGGUGCAGGCUGGAUCCUGGGGAACAGCUGCAGGUGCUGGCAGCUGGUGGGGGUCCCAAUGUGUCUGGAUGGGCUUCAGGUCCAGGGGGAUCCUCCAAUCUUCCAGCAGCAGCUGCCAUGGACGACAUCUUCACACAAUGCCGGGAGGGCAAUGCGGUGGCCGUGCGGCUGUGGCUGGACAACACCGAGAAUGACCUCAACCAGGGGGACGACCAUGGGUUCAGCCCCCUGCACUGGGCCUGCCGCGAGGGCCGCUCCAACGUGGUGGACAUGCUCAUCAUGCGCGGGGCCCGCAUCAACGUCAUGAACCGGGGCGAUGACACCCCACUGCACCUGGCCGCCAGCCACGGCCACCGGGACAUCGUGCAGAAGCUGAUGCAGUUCAAAGCAGACAUCAAUGCAGUGAAUGAACACGGGAACACACCGCUGCACUAUGCCUGCUUCUGGGGACACGAGCAGGUGGCUGAGGACCUGGUGGGCAGCGGGGCCCUGGUCAGCAUUGCUAACAAAUAUGGUGAGACCCCCACAGACAAGGCCAAGACGCCACUGCGAGAGGUCCUGAAAGAGCGUGCUGAGAAGCUGGGCCAGAGCCUCACCAAGAUCCCCUACAAGGACACGUUCUGGAAGGGCACAACCCGCACCCGGCCCAGGAAUGGGACCCUGAACAAACUGGCCGGGAUUGACUUCAAACAGCUGAGCCUGAGCCACAAACUGAAUGAGAACCAGUCAGGAGAGCUGUGGAAGGGGCGCUGGCAGGGCAAUGACAUCGUGAUCAAAAUGCUGAAGAUCCGGGACUGGACGACACGGAAGAGCCGGGACUUCAACGAGGAGUACCCAAAACUGCGGAUCUUUUCUCACCCCAAUGUGCUGCCGGUGCUGGGUGCCUGCCAGGCCCCGCCAGCUCCCCACCCCAUUGUCAUCAGCCACUGGAUGCCUUACGGCUCCCUGUACAACGUCCUGCACGAGGGAACCAAUUUUGUGGUGGACCAGAUGCAAGCAGUGAAGUUCGCCUUCGAUAUCGCACGGGGCAUGGCCUUCCUGCAUACGCUGGAGCCCCUCAUCCCACGGCACCACCUCAACAGCCGCAGCGUCAUGAUCGAUGAGGACAUGACGGCACGGAUCAGCAUGGCCGAUGUCAAGUUCUCCUUCCAGUGCCCGGGGCGGAUGUAUGCCCCGGCCUGGGUGGCUCCCGAAGCCCUGCAGAAGAAACCAGAGGAGAUCAACCGGCGCUCAGCUGACAUGUGGAGCUUCGCGGUGCUGCUGUGGGAGCUGGUGACACGUGAGGUGCCCUUCGCUGACCUGUCCAACAUGGAGAUCGGUAUGAAGGUAGCACUGGAGGGGCUACGUCCCACCAUCCCCCCUGGUAUUUCCCCCCACAUCUGCAAACUGAUGAAGAUCUGCAUGAACGAGGACCCAGCCAAGCGCCCCAAGUUCGACAUGAUCGUGCCCAUCCUGGAGAAGAUGCAGGAGAAGUAGAGAAGAGGCACCUCCCCCCUCCAGUGCUGCCUUGCUCCCCCCGCCACCCCCAAGUGCCUUUAGCCCUAGAGCCAGGGGGAGCAGAGGACACCCCUCACCCUGAGCCAGCCACGGACACACGGUACAGAUGGCACUGCCUGCGCUGGAGCUCUGCAGGCUCCAGACCCCCGCCCAGGGCAGCUUCAACCCAGCGUCUGGCCAGCCCCCCUACCCCAGGGCACGGCGUGGGGCUUGGCCCUGCUGCUGGGGGAUGGGGCUGUGGGGCCCCCUGUCCCCCUUGCUGGGCAAAGCCCAACCCAGGACUCAGCCCCCCACGGCUGGGGGGGAAGGGGCAGGCCAGGAGAGGCCACCUGUGGUGCCCAGCACUGCCCCCGCUUUGCGCUUCACUGGCCACUUCCCUCUGGCCCCAGAAUGGCCUCUGGCAACCAAAUAAACGUUUGGUAUGGAACCA